UGCUAGGUGCUAGCUGUUCUAGGUGUUCGCCCGAUAGAUAGCCAUCAGCAUGCUGAACAUCUCAGACAUCUCCUAUGGCGAAAAUGGAAUGGUGGCCGCCAUAAACAGCCUCAGGCUCAAGAAAAAGGGUGUGGGCCAACACCAAAAUGCCCACAACUAUAAGAAUCAGGACUUUGAGGACCUUCGAGCAGCAUGUCUCAAGAAGGGGGAACUGUUUGAAGACCCCUUUUUCCCUGCUGAACCCCAGUCUAUAGGCUUCAAGGAUCUGGGCCCCAGCUCCAAACACAUGCAGGACGUCUACUGGCAGCGGCCCAAGGAUAUCAUGCAUAACCCCCAGUUCAUUACGAAUGACUUCUCUCCCACUGACAUCUGCCAAGGGAUCCUGGGGGACUGCUGGCUGCUGGCUGCCAUUGGCUCCCUCACCACUAGCCCCAAACUGCUGUUCCGUGUGGUGCCCAGAGGUCAGAACUUCAAGAAGAACUAUGCAGGCAUCUUCCAUUUUCAGCUUUGGCAGUUUGGGCAGUGGUUGAACGUGGUGGUGGACGACCGGCUGCCCACUAGGAACAACAAGCUGGUGUUCGUGCACUCUUCCCAACGCCAGGAGUUCUGGAGCGCCCUGCUGGAGAAGGCCUACGCCAAGCUGAACGGAUCCUACGAAGCGCUGGCUGGAGGCAGCACUAUGGAGGGUUUGGAAGACUUCACAGGCGGCGUAGCUCAGAGCAUUCGGCUCCAGAAGCCCCCUCACAACAUGCUAAGGCUCCUCAGGAAAGCUCUGGAGAAGUCUUCCCUCAUGGGUUGUUCCAUCGAAGUCACCAACACUAGUGACGUAGAAACGAUGACCCAUAAUAUGCUGGUGAAAGGGCACGCUUAUGCAGUAACUGGCCUAGAAGAUGUCUACUACAGAGACAAGUUGAUAACUCUGAUUCGGAUCCAGAAUCCCUGGGGCCGGGUUGAAUGGAAUGGAGCCUGGAGUGACAAAGCCAAGGAGUGGGAAGAGGUGAACCCAGAUGUUCAGAUACAGCUGCUACACAAGAAGGAAGAUGGAGACUUCUGGAUGUCCUAUGAAGACUUCAUGAGAAAUUUUACAUUGCUGGAGAUCUGUAACCUCACCCCGGAUGCACUCUCUUCCUGGGAGUACAAGAGCUGCUGGCACACAACCUUCUAUGAGGGCAGCUGGCGAAGGGGGAGCACCGCAGGGGGCUGCAGAAACCACCCUGAGACAUUCUGGAGCAACCCCCAGUUUAAGAUUUCUCUCCCCGAAGUGGAUGAUUCAGAUGGCUCUGAGAAAAACGAAAUGGUUUGCACCUGUCUGGUGGCACUGAUGCAGAAGAACUGGCGACAUGCUCGAGAUGGACCCCAGCUGCUCACCAUAGGCUUUGUCAUCUUCUCGGUUCCAAAAGAGUUUCAGAACCUCCGGGACAUCCACCUGAAGAAAGACUUCUUCGUGAAAUACUGGGACCACGGCUUUUCAGAGACCUUCACCAACUCGAGGGAGGUGAACAGCCAUCUUCGGCUGCCCCCGGGAGAAUACAUCAUUAUCCCCUCCACCUUUGAGCCCCAUAAAGAUGCUGACUUCCUGCUUCGGGUCUUCACGGAGAAACACAGUGAGACCUGGUUGCUGGACGAAGUCAACCGGGUUGAACAUCUUCAAGAGGAGACCAUCACUGACAAGGAUUUGGACAAGGAUUCUAUACAGUUGUUUGAGAUGGUGGCAAACGGGGAUGAUGAAGUAGACAUGUAUGAGCUACACAAACUUCUCAACAAGAUGUCGGCUAAACUCAAGAGCUUCAAGACGAAAGGCUUUAGCUUGGAUGUCUGUCGCCGUAUGAUCAACCUCAUGGAUAAAGAUGGUUCUGGCAAGCUGGGGCUUCAUGAGUUCCAGGUCCUGUGGAGAAAGAUCAAGAAAUGGAUGGAGAUCUUCAGAGAGUGUGACGAGGACCACUCCGGCAACCUGAACUCCUACGAGAUGCGCUUGGCGAUAGAGAAAGCAGGCAUCAGGAUGAACAACAGAGUGGCUGAGGUGAUCGUUGCUAGGUACGCAGACGACAACAUGAUUGUGUGCUUCGAUGACUUCAUCAACUGUUUUCUAAGGCUCAAGGCCAUGUUUGCGUUCUUCUUAUCCAUGGACACCAAGAAAACUGGUUCUAUUUGUUUGAAUAUAAACCAGUGGCUGCAAAUAACCAUGUGGGGGUAGGGAGAUGGGGAGCCUGGCUCCCUCCCUCCUCCGUCCACCCGCGAUGCUCCAGACUGGAUGGUAGAUGCUUCUUGUCGCCUUCGCUUUCCAAUGCCCCAGGCGCAGUGUUUAUUCCGUGCUCCAGGCUGGCAGGAACUCUAACCCCCAACCCACCCCGAGCACUCUCAUGCCGCAUUUAGACUAAAAACGAGGUGGCUUCUCCCCCAGUUUUUCUCUGGCGAAGGCAGCCUUGCAGCUUCCCGUUCCAGUACGCUGUCAGCUCACACCUGCCUGCUAGCCCGCCCUCUUGUCAGGAAUUCCAUUGCCUCCCCACGCCGCCUUGUACAUAUUAUUCUAAUAAACAGGACAUGGUU